AUGAAUCCCAAUUCGAGAGGCAACUACCCACCUGGUUCCCGGACCGCUAAAUUGCGUCCAGCACGAAAAGUUGUACUUCAGUGCAGCAAUUGCUCUCGCAUAGGUCAUGAGCUGAAGAGAUGUGUUGGCCCAGUUAAUGCAUUCGGUGUUAUCGACGGGUGUCUAAUGUGCAACAAAAAGGACCACGUUCUUUUUGAAUGUGUCAAAGCCUGGAAAUCCGAGGGUAAUCAACGCCACUUGUUGAUGCUCGGUCGAAAUCAGAAAGCUAUGAUAUCAUGGCCAACUGAAUUGACUGAACAUCCAGUUGGGCAAGCCCUAUCCGCCAGAACCAGACCAAAAAUCUGGACGCCAUCUUUCGCACUGCAGUACCAAUUAGAAAAUCAACAUCAUUGGAGAGACUAUAUUUACGCACGAACAUGGCAGAGAGAUCUACCACUUGCACAAGGUCCAGCCUGGGAUAAUCCUUCUUUCGUGAUUUAUCUCAAAGAUAGAUUGGAGAGAGGAUUGACCCGUAAUGCAAGUGGUCUCGGUCGUCGACCACAAUCAGAACUUCCUCCGCCAUCAGCACAAUAUUUUCCUCCUCCGAUGAUGCCGCAACUUCCAUCAUACAAUUUGAUGAAUCUUGCUCCCGCUGGUGUUAAUAACGACCGUGAUCGGAAGAAGUUAGCCAUCAAGGCUGCAUCUAACGCCAAAUUCAAGGAUCGAAGUCAAAGCCCCAAAGUUCAGACUGAGACUAAAACUCACUGUGAAAGAUCGCCCCUUCUCACACCCCAUAUAAAGUUGGAAGAUCCCACGUCUUAG